UCCAGAACGUGUUGCGUGACAUAUCACUAACAAAAUGAAACCGAGUAGGGCAAACGAAGCGGGUAGCUCCGGCUGGGAAAUGUCGCGGUUAUCAGAAAAAGACGAAAGACAUAGUGAAACUAUAGUGUCGCCCGAUCUUAGUACAAGCAGCGAUGACGUAGUAGAUCGCCUAGCGAGCGCGCUAAGUACGGCCCUGCGUAACUUACCAUCGACCCCUGCGGGGAGGCCGUCGAUGACACGGGGUGACGUGGUGCCGCCGUUUAACCCGAAAGACGUUAACCAAGACAUUAAUGCGUGGUGCGUAAAGGUCGACGAAAUUAGAAAUAUGUUCGGUUGGUCUGAAGAAAUCACAAUAUUUAAUGCCAUUUCUAAGCUUGAAGGGUUAGCGUCCGUAUGGUAUAAAGGUCUACGCUCUAUAAACUUUACGUGGGAGGAGUGGAAACAAAAACUUCGUCGUGCGUUUCCCUCUCAGCGAGACUAUCAUGACCUCCUAGAGGAAAUGAUGAAACGUAAGAAAAAGUUUGACGAAACUUUCUCACAGUAUUUCUAUGAAAAGCAGGCUCUCUUAAAUGCUUGCAAUAUUACAGGGCGAGAGGCUGUAUCAUGUAUUAUAGGCGGGAUACUUGAUACACAAAUUCGUAUAGGGGCUAAAGCUGCUAACUGUAACGACCCAGAAAGCUUGUUUGAAUAUUUACGUAAUUUAAAUGAUGAUAGCACGAUUAAAUUUAAACCACCUUUUAAGAAAAAUUUUGAUCAAAAUCUAACUAGAAAACGUAAAUUUAUUGUAGGCAAAAAUGUAAACAAAAUUUACUGCCAUAACUGUGAAAAGUACGGUCACUUAAGACGGGAUUGCCCCAACAAUAAGACCGAUAAUAAUCGGGGGCGUGAAACAUCUGGCGAGUGCUAUUUGUGUAGAGAAACAGGUCAUUACGCGCGUUUUUGCCCAAAACGUCGUAAAUAUCACGAGACAAAAUGACUAGUUAAGGACACAGUGCAUAGUACUACCAGCGGUGAAAAAUAUUAUAAAUAUGUCACUGUAAACAACCGCACUUUACGUGCUUUUAUAGACCUUGGUAGUACAUGCAAUACAAUCAGGGCGACUGAUGCAAAAGAGUUAGGUUUGAGAUGUGAUAAGUCCCAGGCUACAUCAGUUCGUGGCUUUGGAGGGGGAAUUGUUACAUCUCAAGGAACAGUUGAAUUUAAUCUUGAUAUAGAUAAUAUAAAAUUAAAAACAAUGGCCUUUGUAGUGCCCGAUUUUGUUCAGUCGACCCCACUUUUAAUUGGUCAUCCAGUUUCAGAAGAUAA